AUGUCUUUAAAAGAUAUCCGGAUUGUUGUUGGAGUAGAUUUUGGAACCACAUUUUCAGGGUUUGCCUACGCUCACAAAAUAAAUUCCGAAAUAACAACCAAUAACAUUUGGCCAGACCAUGUAGGUCAAUUCAAAACCAACACAGCAUUAUUAUAUAACAAUGAAUUAAGCGAAGUCAAAGCAUGGGGUCUUUCAGCAUUGGCUGAAAAACCACGUAAAAGGCGUCCUCAAAAUUUUGAUAAAUCGAUACAUGUUGAAUUAUUUAAAUUACAUCUGGGAGAUAUGUCAGACGAUGAAAAACCAUCAUUACCUAACAAUAUGAAUUAUAAACAAGCAAUAACCGAUUAUCUCUGGGAAUUAGUGAAAGAUACCAUAGAUAAACGAUGGCCAGGCGUUGAUUUCUUUAGAAAUGUUCUACUGGUAUUUGCGGUUCCUGCUGAAUUUUCUGAAAAAGCAAAAGCAAUAAUGCGAAGCUGCAUAUAUAACGCUGAAUUAAUAGAGACACUUGAUUCUCAAAAUUUGCAAUUUACUACAGAACCUUCUGCAAUAUAUUGUAUAGAAGCACUAAAAGAAUGUUACGAAUUUCCAGUUGGAAAAUCAUUCUUAUUAGUUGAUUGUGGAGGUGGUACUGUAGAUCUUACAACAAGAAGAUUAUUAAAAGGAAAUAUAUUGGGUGAAAUUACUGAACGUACUGGAGGUUUUUGUGGUAGUGCUUAUGUUGAUAAAGAAUUUAUAAAAUAUAUUAAAAAUAUAGUUGGUUCAUCAGCUCUUAAAUUACUUCGAGAAAAUCAUUAUAGUCAAUAUCAAUAUAUGAUUCAAGAAUUUUGUCGACUUGUUAAAACAGUUUUUACUGGUGAUUUAGAAAAAUUCAGAACAUUUGAAUUAGAUCUUAACGAGUUUUGUCCAGCUAUUAAACAAUAUAUUAGAGGUACCCAAAGAGAUCAACUUGAAGAUGAAGAAUGGAUAAUAGACCUUGAUUUUUAUGCGGUUAAAUCAAUGUUUGAUCCAGUAAUUAAUCAAAUAGUUAAUUUAAUAAGCUACCAAUUACAUAAUGUUAAUGAUUGUGCUGCGAUUUAUUUAGUUGGCGGGUUCAGUGAGUCAAAAUAUUUGCAAACCAGAAUAAGAUCUGUUUUCAAUUAUGUUCCACAUAUUUUGGUUCCUAAAGAACCUCUCACUGCAAUUGCUCGUGGUGCCGUGCAAUAUGGAUUAGACACGAGAACUAUUAAAACUAGAGUAUUAAAAUAUUCUUAUGGUGUUAAAGUCGCUUUUAAAUGGGAACCAGGUGAUCCUCCAGAAAGAAGAACUCAAAAGGGAAGAAUUUUUAAAUUCCAUCAAUUGGCAACACGUGGAACCAUAGUCGAGGUCGAUCAAGAAUUCUCUGAGGUUUUCGUACCUUUUUCAAAAAAACAAACAACAAGGGCUUAUCGGAUAUACAUUACUCGUAAAACUUCUGGAACAUAUUGCGACGAAGUAGGAAUGAAAUUUCUUGGUGAACUUAGAAUUAACUCUCCAAAUACUUCUCUUGGAGUUGAAAGACCUGUACUAUUUUCACUUCGUUUCGGUAAGAUGGAAAUUGAUGCUAUUGCAAUAGAUCAAACUACCGAUCAAGUUUACAAUACUACUUUUAAAUUGGAAUUGGAUGAAUCUGAAUCUUCUCGGGAAUAA